CAUCAGCGAUUCAUCAGCGAUUCACGAUUCAUCAGCGAUUCAUCAGCGGCUAAAUCUUCUCCUUCGUAGUAAAAUGAUCCCAAACUCCACGACAACUGCACUGCAUGUAGGUGAUCUGCACCCUGAUGUGACUGAGGUGAUGCUGGAGGAGAUGUUGAGUGCUGCAGGACCCGUUCACUCCAUCCAUCUCUGCAGGGACAAGAAGACUGGCUCCUCACACGGCUACGCUUACGUCAAUUUUCUGUAUCGAGCCGAUGCCGAGCGAGCGCUGGAAAGCUUUGACUCUGAGCUCCUGAUGGGGCGGCCCAUACAGAUGGCGUGGUCUCAGAGGGAGCCACCCGCAAAGAACACCGGCAUCGGAAACCUCAUCAUCAGGAACUUGGACAAGUCCAUUGACAGCAUGUCCCUGUUUGACCUUUUGUCCAUUUUCGGGACGGUCCUGUCGUGCAAGGUUGUAGGUGAUGAGAAGGGCUCAAAAGGAUACGCCUACGUCCACUACCAGUCUGCUGACGCAGCGGAUUUGGCGAUAGAGAAGCUGGACGGAAAACUGCUGAACGACCGUCAAGUUUUCAUCGAACACGUUAAGGUCAGCGAGCAGCACGAGGCUGAGGCGGACCCCUGGUCUCAACUGUUCACCAAAAUUCACAUCAAAAACCUGGGUGAAGACGUGAACAAUAAGCAGCUGAACACCGUCUUCGGCAAGUUCGGAUCUGUGCUGAGUGUUCACGCGGUGAAAGAUGAGAGCGGGAAGUCCAGAGGCUUCGGCUUUGUGAGGUUUGCGAGGCACGAGGAUGCACAGAGGGCUGUGGCUGUGAUGAACGGAAGGGUGCUGAACGGUAGACGGGUGCACGUGAGCCGAGCACGAACUAAAGAAGAGAGACAAGCUCAACUCAGGCAGAAGUCUGAGCAGGGUCUGAAGGACAAGGAGGUGAUGAGCGACGGGAAUCCAGUGCACUUGGGCGUGGCUCAGAGGAAGCAGGAACACCAGACUUACCUUGCCCCUCAGCAGAGGGUGGCGAGCGUGGAGCCAAACGCUGCACUGAACAUCCACCAACCUGUGCUGCCUCCCUGCUCCAUCCCGAACACCAUUCCUGAGACCGGUGGCAUCAAAAAAUCUCCAGCUGUAGCCAGAGUCCAACCUAAAGAAAGUGCCCAAGCUGUUCAAAGAGAGUCGUCUGUGGAAAGCGUGCCAGCUGUUGAGACAGCUCCAGCUGUAAACGGUACUCCAGUUGUGGUUCUGGUUCCAGUAAAAGAUCUUCCAGCCACGACUGAUGCAGCGCCUUCUACAGCUGUGGCACCUGUGGGAGAAGUUCAGCCGAACAAGGACACAACGGAUGUGUCCACAUACCCACCAGCUGGAAAACGGCUGACGAUCUACAUGCUCGAGUCGUCUCCGGUACAUGAACAAGUCAAGAUGGCAUAUGAUUCCAUGUUCCCCCUUGUUCAGAAAAUCCACCCAAACCUGGCGAAUAAAAUCACCUGGAUGCUUGUGGAGAGCGAGAACAACUAUGAAAUCAUGAAUAUGAUUGGAGAUCCUGAGCUCCUGCGUGCCAGAGUGAACAAAAUGGACGCUGUCCUGAAGGCGAGGGAAGCUGGUCUCAAGCCGGAAACCAUCAAGAUGCUGUUCAAUGACAAGAACAAGAAAAGAAAGAUGAAUAAGAGGAAGAAUUAUUAUUAAGAAUUAUUA